AGCACCGCCUCGCUUCCGGGCCGUGACCUUCGCCGGGCGGGUGAGGCGGCGCGGCGCGGUCUGCGGCCUUCCCCCCGGCGGUGCCGGUGCAGCAGCCCCGCCGCCCCGGUGCUUUGGGGCCGGGUCGCAGCCGGCCGGGGCGCGCUCGGACACACCGGCGUUUGCGUUCAGGUCGGCAGCGAAGAUGGCGGCGCCAACGAUGGAGGAGAGGAAGGCCUGCUGGGGCGCCCGGGACGAGUUCUGGCAGUGCAUGGACAACCACGGGGAUGAUGCUUCCAAGUGCGAGAAGCUGCGGCUGUCCUUCGAGUCUCUGUGCCCGCAGCAGUGGGUUAAAUAUUUUGACAAAAGAAGAGACUUUUUAAAAUACAAAAAGCAGCUUGAAACAGAAGGGUAUCAUCCUCCAGAAGCUGCUGGGAAGUCCUAGCUACUCUGCUUUCAAGAUUAAUCUAGUGAGAAUAACUGGAAGGAAAAGGCACGAGAAAGUGACAGAAGCUGCUUCAGCUCAAGAACUGGUAACCCAACUGUCUUCCUGAAAUGCACGCUGCUGCUCCUGUUGCAAGGUCUCAGGUGUCUGCUGGAAAAAGAUGGUCAUGGACAGCUUUUUCAUGAGAAUAAGGCAAAGAAAUAUGGUGCAGGGCUGUUCAAAAAUUAAGGUUUUGAAUGUGUAAUUAGUCAAAUUGUUCCAUGGGAAUAAAUGAUUUUUUGGUAGUGUAAUAUACAUAAUUCUGAAGAGAACAAUAAAAUUGUUUUUCAGUAAGUUAACCAGCUUUUCCUUAAGAUAAAAAGUCUGUUCCAGCUUGUCAAAACUCGUCAAAAGGAGGUGGUGGUAUAAUAUAAUUUCUAUUUGUCAUUAAACUGUAUUUUAAAAUA